UCCGUGCGUCUGAAUUCUGAUUAACUUUUGUUUGUUGAAGUGGCCAGCCGCGCUUGAAGAUGGCUGCGAAGGAGGAAGCGAGUGGGAGUGAAGGCGAAAAGUACGUUUACAGGAUUAGUACAGCUAAGGAGUGGGAAGAUUUGCAGAAACAUGGAUCCGUCUAUGGUGGAGAUCUUGACCGAUCUUCUGGUUUCAUCCACCUCAGCAAGCGCGACCAGGUUCAAUCAACAUUACAGAACUUCUUCCUCAACACUACUACAGAGUUGUACCUGCUUCAAAUUGAUGCUAAAAAGCUUGGGAAAGGAUUGAUAUAUGAAGUUGUGGAUGGCAAUAACAGCUUCCCUCAUUUUUAUGGCCCCUCUCGAAGUUUCAGUCCUCUCCCUUUAGACACAGUUAUAAAAGCAGAGAAGAUUUCCCUAUCAGAUGGACAAUUCAGUUGUAGUCUGCUGAAUUGAUAUUUUCCAAUGUGAUUUUGAAAACAUCAACAUGCAGUCAUUUUGAUGAACUGUUUGGAAAGAAGUUCAAACUUAUGUCGAGAUAAUUUAUUGCCUCCUAACCAUAAUGUGCCAAGUGAAACAGUUGCAAAUGGUGAUAUACGACUAUAAAGAGGCAAAAUGAGUUGCAAACAUUCUUUGUUA